AGCGCCGGUAGGAGAAGCCGCCGCCCCGCUGCAGCAACCCGCGGCCCUCGGAGCGCCGGCAGGAGUCAGACUGAAGAAUAAUGAAUUAAAGUGACUGACAUCAUGACAACCAUAAGACAGAGAAGGGUCGGAAAAGGCACAGAAGCGGCUGAAGAUCAGCCUUCAGAGGAGAAGAAUGUGAAGCCUGAUGGGAAGAUUCUGUCUGAUCAUACAGGUGGAAAGCUGUGGAACAUACUGUCGAUAACUGUUGGUGGAAUUGUUGCCAUCUCUCUUGGACUUCUUACUUCUGUUUAUGUUGCUACACUGCAUGAAAAUGACCUGUGGUUUUCCAAUAUUAAGGAAGUUGAAAGAGAAAUAUCAUUCAGAACAGAAUGUGGACUUUAUUAUUCCUACUACAAACAGAUGAUUCAGGCUGCUUCCAUCCAGCAAGGUUUACAUGGUUUAGUAUAUGACAAUAAAACUGAAUCUGUGAGGACAAUUAACAUACUUGAAAGAAUGAAUGUUUACCAGGAGGUGUUUCUCAGCAUUCUGUAUAGGAUUCUUCCAAUUCAGCAAUACCUAGAGCCCGUUUAUUUUUAUAUCUACACUUUGUUUGGACUUCAGGCAGUUUAUGUCAUUGCUCUGUAUGUAACAAGCUGGCUUCUUAGUGGAACAUGGCUUUCAGGGUUGUUGGCAGCUUGCUGGUAUAUUACAAACAGAAUAGAUACUACAAGAGUAGAAUUCACCAUUCCUUUAAGAGAGAACUGGGCACUACCAUUCUUUGCUGUUCAGAUAGCAGCCAUCACAUACCUACUCAGAACUCAUUUACAGCCUGUUCAAGAAAGAUUGACAUUUAUGGUUGUAUUCGUCGCAACAUUUCUCUUUAGCCUGACUUGGCAAUUUAAUCAGUUUAUGAUGCUGAUACAAGCAUUGGCAUUAUUCAUACUGGACUGCUUUGACAUGCUUCCCACAGCAAAGGUUACGUGGCUCUAUAUCAUUCAGAUUUCUGGAUUACUGCUAGUCUGUGUCAUGCAGUUCUUUAAUUCAAUGAUUCUUGGAUCAUUACUUAUAAGUUUUAAUGCUUCUGUCUUGAUAGCAAGAACAAUCCAGAAAAACCUAAAAAAGGGCAGCUUGCUUAAUAGGCUUGGGAAACUUAUCCUCCAUGUACUACUAGUCUUGUGCUUGACUCUUCUAAUAAAUAAAUUCAUCAAGAAAAUUCUUAAUCUUGAGUCAGAUGAACAUAUAUUCAAAUUCCUGAAAGCAAAAUUUGGAUUUGGGGCAACAAGAGAUUUUGAUGCUAACCUGUAUCUCUGCGAAGAAGCUUUUGGCUUACUACCAUUAAAUACUUUUUCAAGACUCUCGGAUACAUUACUUUUUUACGUCUACGUAUUUGUUCUCUUCCUUAUGGCAGUAGCAGCUGUAAUUGUUGCCUUUUGGAACCUCAGUGGUUCGAAUCAAGUCCAGUUUAUGGAAAAAAUGGAAGAAUGCACAAUAACACUGAAGCCUGAUGCUGCUUACAACUUAAUUCACACAGUUCUUUUUGGAUGUCUGGCAUUAAGCACAAUGAGAAUGAAAUACCUCUGGACAUCCCACAUGUGUGUAUUUGCAUCUUUUGGCCUGUGCAGUACAGAAGUAUGGAAACUUACCCUGAAAUGUAUUCAUCUCUACACAUCACAGAGGACGCAUGUGAUUAAGUAUUCUAUACCAAUAAUUACAUUACUAUACAUUUCAUAUAAGUUCUGGCCAGGAAUAAUGGAUGAACUGUCAGAGCUGAGAGAAUUCUAUGACCCAGACACUGUGGAGCUGAUGAACUGGAUUAAGUCAAACACUCCAAACACAGCAGUGUUUGCUGGGAGCAUGCAGCUAUUAGCAGGAGUGAAACUGUGCACUGGACGGACCUUAACUAAUCAUCCCCAUUAUGAGGAUAAGAAUCUGAGAGAGAGAACAAAAAAGAUUUAUCAGAUCUAUGCCAAGAGAUCUCCUGAAGAUGUUUACAGAAUACUGCGAUCCUUUGGCACAGACUAUGUGAUCCUAGAAGACAGCAUUUGUUACGAAAGAAGACACAGUAGAGGCUGUCGGUUACGUGACUUACUUGAUAUAGCUAAUGGCCAUAUCAUGGAUGGUUUGGGAGAGAAUGAACCUGAUUUGAAACCUUCGUUGUAUCCUCGCUUCUGUGAGGAAAUAAAAAAAACCCUGCCUUCUUAUACCAUACACUUCACUAGAGUGUUUCAAAACAAAACAUUCCAUGUUUACAAACUUGCUAAGCAUAAAUAACAUCUCCAACCAUGGCUUCAAGUUCAGUAUUUUAACGCUAGGACCCACAUUAGAAAAUGCAGAAGUUUACAAACACGUUACAUUUGUAAGACAUUUUACAUUGAUGGUUUCUUGUUUAAUUACUGUGAUUCUUAUUUUUUUAGACAGUUUAGUUUUGAUAACAUUCUUGAUGUUGCCAAAAUUUUCAUAUAUUAAUAAAUAAAUCUAGCAGGGACCAUUUUGAUUAUAAAGUCUGACCUUCUGAAUACCUAGGAUAUAGUUGUUUUCCAGUUUUAACUGAUUGGAAGACACACAAAAACGAGCAGCCUGCACGACCACUGCAGAAGAGCUAGCCUAUGAAGUUCUGCUCAGCAGUCUGGAUUUUUACCAUAAAAUGAUAGAAAUUCAAUGAAAGCAGGCCAUGCGACUCCUAUACUGAGUAUGCAUUCUUUGUGAAUCCUGAAAAUAGCCACAAAACUUGUUUGUUUUACAAUCUGACCCUCUUUGACAGAUCCUUGUGCUCUUUCAGUGCCUCUUUUUUGAAUUCUUUGGGAAUGUAUGCGGAUAUGAGUUUCCGAGCUUGUGAGUGUGAUUGCAGAAUCAGUGAGUGCAGAAUCAGCAAACAAGGUUGAAGAGUAAAACAUGAAUCAUCGUCCAGCAUUUUUAGUGAUACAGAAACAUACUGUUUUAUAACGUUAAGCAUUUAAUGAUGGAGCGUUAUGUAUUUCUAAUGAGAAUAAAGGUUGGAGCAUGCUUGAUACAUGUUGCAUGUUUGUAUCCUCGUAAAAUACAUAAAGAACAAACAAAAAACCAAAUUUCUCAGCUUGGAUUCUCAGAACACUGUUUUCUGUAUUUGCUUUCUGAACUACAGGGGAUCCUUUUUCUCCCCAUGUGAAUUCCAGUAGGAUACCAAAAUUGAACACUGCCAACCUUACAAAAGAAAAAUUCAUCUCUACAAUCAGCAGGAAACUUAGGUGUUUAAAAUAUGUUCAGGUAUUAGAGCUUGGCUUUACGUUAUUUCAGACGCAAAGCUAUAUAUUUUAGCACAAAAUCAUUGUGUCCUUGCUCUUUAUCCUAAAAAAAUAGACUACAGUUAUUUUAAACUGACUUGGAAGAUUAAGUGAAGACAGGCCUCAAUCCUGAGAAUUUUGUGAUUUGUUUGUACCCUUUGUCUUUUUACCGGCUAGAACUUUGUGAAUUGUAUUGACUUUCUAAAUGCUAUGUAGAUAACACAUGACUUUUGCUGUGUUUUAGCGCUGCUUUGGUUUUAUAUUGAAAUUAGAGAUUAAAUCUGAUUGAAAGUCUAACAGUACUCUCCAACUUUAAUUAGACAUCCACUAGGAGCAUUUGUUUCUUAUGAAAAAGAGAAUUGUAAUAAUCAAGUGCCUCUAGGCCAAUGUUGAAUUAACAUUUGAACACCUAUAAGAGUGUUUGUGGCCUGUGCAAAUAACUCAGUUAUAAUAAUUACCACUGCAAUUAAUUUCUAAUGAUGGGAAACUUAAAGUGCUACUGAUAGCAAACUCCACAUUUAAUUUAAUUAAGAUGUGUAAUGAGAUUAGCUUUCACAACUGAGCCGUGUUCCAAUUCCAAACCAUUUAAAUGUUUUCCCUUUUCAGUUGUACCAAGGUAAAUUACUGAAGAGAUAGAGAUGGUUAUGUCACAUGCUCAAACAAUUUUAUAUUCAGUAAAUACUCAUUAAACAAUGUUCAACAUCUUUCUGCACUUUCAGGCUAACACAAAAGGAAAGUGGGCUUUAUUCAGACUGUAUUUAAAUCAAACAUUGACAGUAGCGAGGUUGUUAAACUGAGCAACUGAAACUCCUGAGUAAUUUCUAGCCUGUAUCCCUUAAUGAGGUUGGAGACCACUGCAGUUUAACAUAAUACAAUAAUAAAACAUUUUAAUCAGUAUUAAAACUUUAAUUAGGCCUGUAACGAUGCAUGCCCAUUCUUGCUGAAAGCACGGGUCAGUGAAUUCCUCAAUGAGUGCCUUACAGUAAUUGAAAACAAGCACACGCAAGGGAAAGUAUGUCUGGGCUGUAUUGUCUGAUUUUAAAAUGUGGUUGUAUCUUUCUUUAAAGGUGCAGUAACUUUCCUCUGAUUGAAAUGAGAGAUUCCAAGAUCCAGUGGUACCCUAGUGUUUUCAGAAUUUACUCAUAGGUAACAGCUGAGACUAAGAAGUCCUGACUGUAACAGUGAUUACUUUUAAAAUAGACUUUUUUCAAAAAUACAGCCUCUAAUGUUGCCAAAGGAGACAUUUAACCUUUUGGUAGAAACUAUCAGGUGCAAAUUUUUUUGUUUCGUGUUUGGGUUGUUUUUUUAAAAACAAACUAGGCCCCAAGCUGCCAUUGGUCUUGGGAAAGCGUAAAAACCAAUGGCUGUUACCAUCCAGAACCACCACAGGAACAUAGUUUCUUCUUGCAACACAACAUCCCCCAAAGUAGCACACCAGAAAUUUGAAGUAUUAGAUACAAAGUAUUUUGGAGAUUGCUUAGCUCUUGCAGUUCACAGUCUUUAAAGCCUAGAUAGCUUGUGACACUUUUAAACAAUUCCACACGUUCCUGUAUCAGAAAGAUUCAACAGUGAAGGGAACGGCGUAUUUCAGUGACUCUCUAGUUCAGCAUUCAGAAGACCGAUCUCCUUAAAAUAGUAAAAUAGAAAAUGCCAAGGAACAAAACCACUUACCAGCUCAGAGGAAAGCAACACACGCAUCACCACAGCCCUCGGAGAGAGGGAGCAGCUGCUUCUCUGUCCCUCAUUUAAAGGCCUGCCCGCCAGAGCAGAGCAUGCUGGGGAAGGCUGGAGCAGCGGUGAGCAGUCAGUGCUGGCGGAGGUGCGGGGCUGUGGGACUGGUGCCGAAAAGGGCUACGUGUCCUCUUCCUGGAGGUGGAGUGUAAGAGUCCGAGACUGGUAGGAGGUAGGUGGUGUUUUAGUUGUCUGAUAAUUAUUUUCUCUACUUCCCGUGUCUUGCUGUGAUCUAUAUUCACUGCGUUAGAAUUGCGCAAUUUUUUUACGAAUAACUUUACCUGUUCCUGAACUACGUCAUCCUGAUGCACCUUAUUUCCAAGGGGUUGCUGCGGCGUCACUGUUUCAUUGCAUUAAGUAGGAUCCACCCCCAGGAACAGCCCUCGUGGCGACGCAGUUACUGAAGUCUUACAAACAGUUAUUUGUAAGCAAUGGGAGUGGCACCACCAUGACUUCUUGUGUAUGUUACCUGUUGUCCGCAAGGGCUUUUAAGCUGCGCAUUAUCAGCGGAAUUGUUACUUUUUUUAGAUCGCAGAGACAAAAUGUUAUCCAAGUAGCCAGACUGUUUUUAGGGGAGAAAAGCCUUUGACAUCCAUACGUGUAUUUUCAUUUCUUGUUUCAGUGUUCUGCUGGUGAGAUCUAACAGUUAUUUUAUAAUAUGUUGUUGUAAAGAGAUGUAAUGACUAUUGUAUACUAAAUAAAUUGUGUAAAUUGAAAAUCA